UUCCGCGCGGUCCCUGCCCGUCCCGGCUCUGUCACCUCACAGUAGUCGUUGCCGGUGGCGGGUGCGGGGGCGCGAGCAGCGCAGGCCGGCCUCUCCCCCGCCCCUCAGGCCGGGCCCGGGCUUGGUCUCCCCGCUCCCUCCGCUCCCCUCCCCCGUCGGGUACGGGAAGGUCCAAGCCGCUGCCGGGUGCCUGAGGGACUUCGUGGCUGCCGCCGCCACGGGUCCCGAUGGAGCCGCCGAAUCUCUAUCCGGUGAAGCUCUACGUGUAUGACCUGUCCAAGGGCCUGGCCCGGCGGCUCAGCCCCAUCAUGCUGGGGAAACAACUGGAAGGCAUCUGUGCGGUUUUAAGCUCUCUGGCUUAUUCUGCCUCUUCUCCACGUUGCAGGCACACAUCCAUAGUUGUGCACAAGGAUGAGUUCUUCUUCGGUAGUGGCGGUAUCUCCAGCUGUCCACCGGGAGGGACAUUGCUUGGGCCCCCAGAUUCUGUGGUUGAUGUGGGGAGCACAGAAGUCACAGAAGAAAUCUUUCUGGAGUACCUGUCCUCCCUGGGGGAGUCUCUGUUCCGAGGUGAGGCCUACAACCUCUUUGAACACAACUGUAACACCUUCAGCAACGAAGUGGCACAGUUCCUGACCGGGCGGAAGAUCCCUUCUUACAUCACUGACCUUCCCUCUGAAGUUCUCUCCACGCCCUUCGGACAGGCCCUGAGGCCCCUCCUGGACUCCAUCCAGAUCCAGCCUCCUGGAGGGAGCACGGUGGGCCGACCCAACGGCCAGAGCUAACAGGACUGCAUGGGACCGCCCUGCCUCACCAGGGCUUUUCCUUUUUAAACAAAACAAACCCUACCAGAUUUCUAUUUUAUAAUUUUACAUCAGAGCUAACAACCAGGGGACGGCUUUUUAAAUUUCCCAGGGAAGGAGAUCAUCAGGCUGCAUGUAGGACAAUGCUGCUGAGAAGCAGAACAAAUGCCAUCCCUUCUAAUAGUAUUAUACUAAUUUAUUAA